AUGUAUUACUUAUCGGAGCACCCAUCGAUCGUGAAUUUCAGAUGGAAUCAUACGCAAUCGUGGGGUUCUACUUGGUCGUUCCUCUUCACCUCCAUCUCCGCCUACAUCUUCCUCUCCCUCCUCCUUAAUCUACUUCUUUUCAACCGCCGACGUCCGGUUCCACUCGGCCCUAUCCCGGCGAUUCACUCCCUGUCCAUGGCUCUCAUCUCCGCCACAAUCUUCACCGGCAUCCUCUUCUCCGCCGCCGCCGAGAUCCGAGACACGCGUUGGUUCUGGCGCCGGAAUAAAACCACCGCGUUCCAAUGGCUCCUUUGCUUUCCUCUAGGCACGCGCCCUUCCGGACGCGUAUUCUUCUGGUCAUACAUCUUCUACCUCACGCGAUUUCUUCACACGCUUCGCACCUUCAUCGCCAUUCUCCGCCGCCGCAACCUCUCCUUCUUCCGCCUCUUCAACCACUCCAUUCUCAUCAUGAUGUCGUUUAUCUGGCUCGAAUAUUCCCAAUCGUUCCAAAUCCUCGCAAUCCUUUUCACAACAUCGAUCUACUCCGUCGUCUACGGUUACAGAUUUUGGACGGCGAUCGGUUUCCGAAGCGCCUGUUUCCCGUUCGUAAUCAAUUGUCAGAUGCUACUGCUCGGUUGUAAUCUCCUUUGCCAUAUCGGAGUCCUCCUUCUACACUUGAUGAAAGGUGGGUGUAAUGGAAUUGGAGCUUGGGGGUUUAAUUCUGUAUUCAACUUCGCCAUUUUAUUCCUGUUCUUAAAUUUCUACGUCAAGAGUCAUCUGGGAAAGAAGAAGAAGAACAAGAUGAUGAUGAAGUCCUUAUCGGAGUACGGCGGCGAUGGUUUCAAUCUGGAUUCUGAUUAUGGUGUUGCAAUCAUGGAGUUGAAUCCCAUUGGUUGUGCUAAAAAUAAAGACAUUUGA